AUCACGACCAUCAAGUAGAGUUGCAACCGCACUUGAGAAGAUCGACACUUGGGAGUUAUUUAGAACAGGAGUCUGACAAAUCAAAGAUGGAGCAGCUGAGCAGUGAACAUGGUGAAGAAACAGAUUCAGUGUCUCUAGGCAGACGAGAUCAGGGUGAUGGAGCUCCUAUUCCCGGUGAAGUGACUGUCAGUGACUGUUCUGCCCUUGAGUCGACUCCCAGACCCCGAAACAAACCCUUCACUGUACAGCUGGAGUGUGAUGUCAUGCAGUUCAUUCUCACAGCUGUCUCCUUGGCAACACGGACCUGGCAGCUGGGGCUACCCAGAGCUGUUGUAUUUGAUGAAUUGCAUUUUGCCAAGUUUGUGUCCUUGAUUCUGAGGAAUGUGUUCUUCUUUGACAUCCACCCUCCACUGGGGAAGAUGCUCCUUGCUGCUGCAGGAAGCUACUCAGGAUUUGAAGGCAAUGUCAGCUUUGACAGAAUUGGAUCAGAGUACCCAGACAAUGUUCCUGUUCUGCAGUUGCGUUUAAUUCCCGCUGUGUUGGGCAGUCUCAUAGUACCGCUGGUGUAUCAGAUAGCUGUGGAGCUGGGUCUGUCUCGCUGGGCAGCUCUGCUAGCCGGUGCCUUCGUGCUGCUGGACAAUGCCCUGCUGGUUCAGUCGAGGUUCAUGCUGAUGGAAGGCAUGCUCAUCUUCUUCUCCUGUCUCGCCGUGCUCAGCUACCUCAAGUUCAGGAAUCUCACACACAGGGAGUUCAGUGUACAGUGGUGGUGCUGGCUCUGUUUAUGUGGGCUGGCGCUCACCUGCACAUUCAGCAUCAAGUAUGUGGGUUUCUUCACAUCGGUGCUUGUGUUGUUUCACAUCUUCAAGGACUACUGGAAUAUGUUGUCUGAAUUUUCCAGAUCAGAGAUUUCUCUAACAAAGCACCUGGUUGCCAGAGUGAUGUUUGUCAUGGCCGUCCCGGCUGCUGCAUACAUUGCCAUGUUCUUCUGCCACCUCUCCUUUCUCACCAAGGCAGGGCCACAUGACAACAUCAUGACAAGUGCCUUUCAAGCUAGUCUGGAGGGAGGUUUGGCAACAUUAACCAAGGGACAACCUCUCUAUGUGGCGUACGGUUCCCAGAUUACCCUCCGUCACACACAUGAUAACGUGCCAGGGCGGCCAUGUUGGUUACACUCUCACCAGACUGUUUAUCCAAUCAAAUACCCUGAUGGGCGUGGCAGCAGCCACCAGCAGCAGGUCACAUGUUAUAUAUUCAAAGACGUCAACAACUGGUGGAUCGUUAAGCAUCCCGACAGAGACAGCCUGGUGGUUGAUGAGAAGCCGCAGCCUGUAAAAGAUGGCGACAUCGUACAACUGGUCCACGGCAUGUCAAGCAGGGCACUCAACAGCCAUGAUGUUGCGGCACCCGUGACGCCUCAGAACCAGGAGGUGACCUGCUACAUCGACUACAAUGUCUCCAUGCCGGCACAGAACCUAUGGCGAGUUGUUAUCACCAACAAGGAAGGAAAUGACGACAAGUGGCAGACCAUCAAGAGCCAAGUACGACUCAUCCACAUCAACACGACCACAGCUCUCAAGGACAACGGGAAGCAGCUGCCGGACUGGGGUCAUCAUCAGAUGGAGGUUGCAGCUGACCGAGUGGUAAACCAGGAUGCCACCAUCUGGAAUGUAGAGGAGCAUCGCUACACCAAGAGUCUUGAGAAGGAAAAGCAGUCGCUGGACCUCCGCCAGUCCGAGAUGAUCCCCCUGGAGCCGACCCACCUGUCCUUCUGGUCCAAGUUCCUGGAGCUGCAGAUGAAGAUGAUCUUCUCUAACCAGGAUGCGGAGAUGGAGCAUAAGUACAGCUCCGACCCCACCGAGUGGCCCUUCAUGGGCAAAAACAUUGCUUACUGGAUGAGCCACUCCUCUAAUGCCCAGAUUCACCUGCUGGGCAACCCGGUGGUGUGGUGGUGUGCUUCCCUCAGUGUGGCUACCUACCUCGCUCUCAUAGUGUUCUAUAUACUCCGGCGACAGAGAAACAUCUACGACAUCACUGAUGCGGAGUGGGAUAACUUUGUGUUCCAAGGUGAACUGCUGGUUGGGGGCUACCUGUUGUACUAUGUUCCGUUCUUCCUGGUGGACAGAACGCUGUUCCUCCAUCACUACCUGCCAGCUGUUGUGUUCAAGAUCCUGGUGCUGGCAGCCCUCAUUGACCACCUGUCUCAUAUUUCUCACAGAAACAGAAUAAUAUCAUCUGUAGUCACAUAUACAACAGCGGCACUGUUUGCCUGUGCUGUGUAUGCUUUCUAUCUGCUGACACCAUUUACGUACGGGAACCAGCCUCUUUCUGAGGAGGACAUACAGCGCUUGACGUGGCAGGAGUCGUGGGACUUCCUCGUUCAUGCAAGGAAGGUGUGACAAGGUGGAUGGGGAGACAUACCUCAAAAUGCAUCGAGAUAAUAGAGGACUUACCUCAUAACAAUAACACAUGUAAUAUAUUCAGUAACCAGGGAUACAGAUGUCAAACCCUGGAACAGUCCUUGAAACAAAAAGUGAUAAAAGGACAUGCCUCCAAAAUAGGUGCAAUUAUUGUAAGUCUGUGUUACAGAUGGAACUUACAACAGUCAUAGAAAUCUUAGCAUUAUAGUUAUCGUAAGUCUGUUACAGAUGGAAUUGCAAACGUCAUAGAGAUCUUAGCGUUACAAUUAUCGUCAGUGUUACAGAUGGGACUUACAAGGGUCGUAGAGAUCUUAGCGUUACAAUUAUCAUAAGUCAGUGUUACAGAUGGGACUUAAACACUCAUAGAGAUCUUAGCAUUACAGUUAUCGUAAGUCAGUGUUACAGAUGGGACUU